AAUACACUUUAUAAGAACCAGUUUAUUAUUUUUCCUAUUCUCCUAAUAUAAGGAUACACCCAAUUUUAUAUCCUGUGAAAGUUGAAUAAAAAAACGGCAACGACAGAUUAUUUGUGGAUACGUAUCUACUAUCUACCGGUUGUACAAGCUUCAGCUUUAUAUGUUCGACCUUCUCAAGGUGACCGAUAUCGUACUCAUUAGCUGCGUUCAGUUGGGGUGCGACAGCUGAUUGGUGCUGUACCUUUUGAAACAUAUUAUUAUUAAUACGAGUAAAAUAUGAGUGUGCAAUCGGAUUCCGAAAAGCGAAAGCAGAUUUCCGUCCGUGGAAUAGUAGCAGUAGAAAAUGUUGCUGAAGUAAAGAAAGCUUUUAACCGGCACGUUCAUUACACUCUCGUCAAAGACCGCAAUGUUGCGACUCCAAGAGAUUAUUACUUUGCCCUGGCGCACACCGUCAGGGACCACCUGGUUUCCCGCUGGAUACGCACCCAACAAUACUAUUAUGAAAAGGAUCCCAAGCGUGUCUACUAUCUUUCUCUGGAAUACUACAUGGGUCGUUCCCUCCAGAAUACUAUGAUCAACUUGGGCAUCCAAGGAACGGUAGAUGAAGCUCUCUAUCAAUUAGGUUUAGAUAUAGAAGAGUUGGAAGAGCUGGAGGAAGAUGCUGGUUUGGGAAAUGGAGGAUUGGGUCGUUUGGCUGCAUGCUUCUUGGAUUCCAUGGCUACCCUCGGUCUGGCAGCAUAUGGAUACGGUAUUAGAUACGAAUAUGGUAUCUUCGCACAAAAGAUCCAGAACGGUGAACAACAUGAGGAGCCAGAUGACUGGCUGAGGUAUGGGAACCCAUGGGAAAAGGCACGUCCCGAAUUCAUGAUUCCCGUUAACUUCUAUGGACGUGUUGUCGACACUCCUCAAGGCAAGAAAUGGGUUGACACGCAGAUGGUGUUCGCUAUGCCCUACGAUAACCCAAUCCCGGGAUACAAUAACAACGUCGUCAAUACUUUGCGGUUGUGGUCAGCGAAGAGUCCGAUCGACUUUAACCUUAAAUUCUUCAAUUCUGGAGAUUAUAUUCAAGCCGUACUGGAUCGUAACGUCGCUGAAAAUAUUUCUCGCGUGCUCUACCCCAACGAUAACUUCUUUGAAGGCAAAGAGUUGAGACUGCGUCAGGAGUACUUUAUGUGUGCUGCUACUCUACAAGACAUAAUCAGACGUUACAAGGCGUCCAAAUUUGGUAGUCGCGAAGCAGUGAGAACCACUUUCGAACACCUUCCAGAAAAAGUUGCCAUUCAAUUGAACGAUACCCACCCUGCCCUCGCUAUUCCAGAAUUAUUACGUAUUCUGAUUGAUGUUGAAAAAGUGCCAUAUGAUGAGGCUUGGAAUCUCGUUGUUAAAUGUUGUGCUUACACAAACCACACCGUUCUGCCUGAAGCUCUGGAAAGAUGGCCUUGCUCAAUGUUAGAAAACUGCUUGCCCAGGCACAUGCAACUCAUUUACCACAUCAACUUCCUGCACCUCAAGGAGGUGGAAAAACGUUGGCCAGGCGAUUUGGAUCGCAUGCGUCGUAUGUCCCUGAUUGAAGAAGAAGGUGAAAAGAGGGUUAACAUGGCCAACCUCUGUGUUGUUGGCUCUCACGCCGUUAACGGUGUAGCUGCCAUUCACUCCGAUAUCCUUAAAGCGACCAUCUUCCGUGACUUCUAUGAAAUGUGGCCAGAAAAGUUCCAGAACAAAACAAACGGCAUUACUCCCCGUCGUUGGUUACUGCUGUGCAAUCCUGGCUUAGCUGAUUUAAUCUGUGACAAGAUUGGUGACGAAUGGACCGUUCAUUUGGACCAGUUGCAAGGUCUUAAGCGUUGGUCAAAGGACCCUGGCUUCCAACGGGCGGUGAUGAAAGUAAAGCAAGAAAAUAAGUUGAAACUCGCUUCUCUCAUCGAAAGAGACACUGGAGUUAAAAUUAACCCCGCUUCUAUGUUUGACGUACAAGUGAAGCGUAUUCACGAAUAUAAGAGGCAGCUUUUGAAUAUCUUGCACGUAAUUACGCUGUAUAACCGCAUCAAGCGUGAUCCAAGUGCACCAAUUGCGCCUAGAACCGUAAUGAUCGGUGGUAAAGCGGCGCCAGGUUACUUUAUCGCUAAGCAAAUUAUUGCCUUGGCCUGCGCAGUAGGAGACACUGUAAACAACGACCCAGACGUUGGCGACAAACUGAAAUUGAUAUUCUUGGAGAAUUACCGUGUAACUUUGGCUGAGCGUAUCAUGCCAGCAGCUGAUCUCAGUGAGCAGAUCUCCACCGCGGGAACCGAAGCGUCCGGUACUGGAAACAUGAAGUUCAUGCUUAACGGAGCUCUGACCAUUGGUACUAUGGAUGGAGCCAAUGUAGAGAUGGCAGAGGAAGCCGGUGAACAGAAUCUGUUCAUAUUCGGCAUGCGAGUAGAUGACGUGGAGGCUCUGCAGAAGAAAGGUUACAACGCGUACGAGUACUACGAGCGCAACCCGGAGCUGCGGCAGUGCAUCGAGCAGAUCCGCAGCGGGUUCUUCUCGCCAGGCGAGCCGGGCCGGUUCGCGCACGUGGCCGACGUGCUGCUGCAUCACGACCGCUUCCUGCACCUGGCCGACUUCGACGCGUAUAUACAGGCGCAGGAUAAGGUGUCCGCCGUGUAUCAGAACCCAACAAAAUGGGCGGAGAUGGUGAUCGAGAACAUCGCAUCUUCGGGCAAGUUCUCUUCCGACCGUACCAUUUCUCAAUACGCUCGCGAGAUCUGGGGAGUCGAACCCACUUGGGACAAACUGCCCGCCCCACAUGAAGUAUAAAUACACCAGAAGAUAUUCAAAGAUUAGUAGCCUUUCCUAAAAUUAUAUUAUGUAGAGUCAAAAAUAUAUUUUAGAGUAUGAAAAAUUAUCGUAUAGCUAUAGUCUAUAUUUUGUUGUCCGAAACGCAUAAGGCUGCUAAAACCAAAUUUGUUUAAUAUUGAUGUCGGUGCUUUUUUAAGCAUGAAUUGAAGAUAUUUUUUUAUUCAUUAUUUUUAUAACAUAUUUUAAGAAGUUUUUAUUAACAUAUUCUUACUCAAAUAUUUUUUCUAUAACAUAAUAUACCUACCUACCUACAUUUUUCUUCUUCCACCGAGACUUACUUUAUGGAAAUAUUAAAUACGUCUUUUCAUACUGAGUUAAUUGAGAGUUUUUUAAAUGAGUAUGUAUUGAUUGUAACGUUUCAUUCAUAAACAAAAAUCUACAAUUUAGAGUGUCUCGUGCAUAAUUGAUGUGUAAGUAGCAAAAUUUUAGAGAUAUAAAACGUUCAAAAGUUUAUGAUGUUGAUUGUAUUGAAAUAAUUAAAAUAAAUCUUGCCUAGAAGUAGACGUAUAAAUGUAAUCAGACGAAGAUUUAUUAGAAGAAUUUUAUAACAUAUGAAUUUAUUUUUGUGCCAUAAAUUGCCUUUUACUCAUUACUUAAAUUUUUAUCUAUGUUCCUAAUAACACACCAGUGCAACUAUAAGUCAGUCUAAUAUUAGAUUAGACUGAUUGAACAUAUUCGAUUUGUACAAAUAUUUUGAUAUUAUAUAGAAAUUUACUGAAAAGAAACCUAAGUAUUUAUUAAUUAUUAUUUAAUAUAAAAAAGUAUGAUAUUUUAUAGUUUAAAUAUUUGUAUUAUUUUAUUUAAAAAUGUAUUAUAUGUCCACUGCCAUAUUUUUCCUCUUUCAAAUAAUAUAGGUAGUUUGUAAUUCAGAUUCACUAUGUUACUCUAUUUAAUAUUUGCUAUAUAUAAAUAAAGUUUAUUAAAAAUA